AUGACCUCAUCACACGACCCUACAACUUUGACUCAAAGCUUUCACUACGAAACCUCAACGCACAGCUAUGAUGUGAAAUGGGGCUCGUUGGGUGACCCCAAGUCUCCUCCUCUCAUUUUUAUCCAUUCAUGGAACUCCUUGGCAGACUGGACUUAUGAGAAGGCCCACAUCGUCGCCCACGACAAUGCCGGUCUCGUCAGUUUACGAGGCUAUAUUCUCCAUGACUUACCAUAUGCAAGCCUCUGUCUUAUCGACGUUGUCGCGAUCGGCCCAUUUGGUCAACCUCUCUUCAAAGUCAUCGCUGAGAACCCCAAACUCUUUGAACAACUACCUGAUACAGCUUUUGGAGGCAUACUAGAGAGCUACAUCAGCGACGCAGCAUACUACGAACUGCCCAAAGAGACCAUGCAGAUGCUUAAAGAGCCUUGGCUGCGAGAAGGUGGAAAACGAGGCUUCAUUCGCGAAUUGUGCCAAGCCAACUCCAGAUCCACGGAGGAAGUGGAGGCGAGAUAUGGAGAGGUUGGGCCGAAGCUGCCAAUCAAGAUUAACUAUCUGGGGAGCUGA